AUGGGGGAGAUUUUGGUGCAUAGCGUGGCCCAAGGCCAUGGGCAGGGCGAUUUUGAAGCUGCCUCCGAGAUGGACUGGAACAACGAGUUGACAGUGGCCGUGGCUGAGUCUUCUCCCGAGGAGGAGGAGGAGGAGGAGAACAUUGAUCUUUUCUCGGCGUUGGAGGAUCAUCUCGAUGAGGUGAAGCCUCUUGCCGCGAACGAGCGGAGCACCUUGUGCCCAGACUCUCGUAAUCCUGGAAAGAUGUUUAUCGGCGGUCUCAACUGGGAAACCACAGAUCAAUCUCUACGGGAUUACUUUUCUCAAUUCGGCGAGGUUCUCGAGUGCACCGUUAUGCGCGACAAUAAUACGGGACGAUCUCGGGGCUUUGGUUUCCUCACAUUCAAGGACCCAAAGACGGUUAAUAUCGUGAUGGUUAAGGAGCAUUUCCUGGAUGGGAAGAUUAUUGAUCCGAAGCGAGCGAUUCCUCGAGACGAACAAGAGAAGACGAGCAAGAUCUUUGUGGGAGGCGUCAGCCAAGAGACCACAGACCAAGAAUUCCGCGACUACUUUGCCCAAUUCGGCCGAGUCGUCGACGCCACGCUCAUGAUGGACAAGGACACCGGUCGACCGCGAGGCUUCGGCUUCGUCACGUUCGAGAACGAGUCCGGCGUGGACGCCUGCCUCAACGCAAAGCUCGAGAUCCACGGAAAGUUCAUCGAGGUGAAGAAGGCGCAGCCGCGCGGCAACAUCCGCGAGGAGGAGGAGGCUGCGCGCCGCAGCAAGUUCCGCAAGGGCGACGAGCAGCCGGCGGGCGGCCAGCAGGCGUCGAUGAGUAGCCAGAUGAACGCGGCUGGUAUGAGCCCGCAGGUGAUGGCUCAGUAUAUGCAGCGUAUGCAGCAGUACUUUUCCGUCAUGCAGCAACAGCAGCUGGCUAUGAGUCGUGGCAUGAGUAAUAUGAAUCCGAUGAUGCAGCAGAUGAUGAUGGCGCAGCAGAUGCAACAGAUGAUGAACGCGGGCCGAGGAGGCGGUGGUGCCGGCGGCCCAGGUGGCCAGGGUCCCAACCCCAUGAUGGCGGGCAUGAACCCCGCCAUGAUGCAGCAGAUGCAACAGAUGAUGGCUGCCGGCGCCGGUGGUCCCGGAGGACCCGGCGGCAUGGACCAGGGCGGCCACGGUGGCCGUCAGGGAGGAGCCGGUGCUGGUGGUGGCGGCUUCGGAGGCGGCUACGACCAGCAGCAGAUGUACGGUGGCCAGCAGCAGCGCCGAGGAGGCGGACGAGAGAGCCAGUACGGCCAAGGCGGUGGCGGCUACGGUAUGGGCGGCGGCGGCGGUGCCCCUACGUCGUGGGAGGGCAUGUACGAUGACGUCCCCCAGCCCAAUAUCCCCCAGGGUGGAGGCGGUCGCGGCGGUUUCCACAAGCGAGGCGGUGGCCACCAUCUAGCUCAGGGUCCUAUUGACCCUGCUAAUGCUCCUCCUGCUAAUGCACCCACAGGCCCGAAGAAUGCUGGACGGCCCGGCGCCAAUUACCGAGGUGGUGGAAGGGGUGGCAGUCGCGGUUUCCACCCUUAUGCCCGUGGUUGA